ACAGAUGAGUAAAACAUUUGUAAGUACUGAUGAACAACUGGAAGUAAACGCUCUCCUUACCGCCUGGUGCCUGGGCCUUGCAGGUGGCGCCUCCCUCACCUCUUUGUAAACAAACCAAAGCACGCCUAGGCUUGACAACUAUGGCCUUCUUUGGAAAACUGUUCAGGACCAUUAUAGGGAGAGAAGAACAAUCUGGGAACACUGUGUGUGAGGUUGGAAUAUCAAAGUUUGCCAGAGUACAUGUUGUGAGCCGGGAGGACUGUCUGGUUCUCUAUGGGCCUACAGACACCAAUCAGUAUGAGCUGCUUCUUCAGCAGCCAGUUCAGAAUUCACUUUCAAAAGCUUAUAGCCUAUUCCGAAUAGCAGACCAAGAUGAUGCACAGAUCCGUUUCAUGACUUUGAGGGAGGUGCUUCCACUGAUGGUGCGACAUAUACCGCAUGAAAUCAUUAAUCAGCAAGGACUGCAGACAGUGUGCGACCUAGUGAGGGAUCAUCAGACCUGGACAGUAGCUCACAUUGCAGCAUACCUUGGUUAUGCUACAUUGUUCUUUCAGGCUGAUGUGGUCAGGCAAGUUGACUUAGCUGACAUUGAGAUGAAGGAGACUCCACUACACCUUGCAGUAAAGAAAGGGCACCUUGAGGUCAUCCGUGUCUUGAUGGAGAAGAAUGUCACCAUUGACAGUGUGGAUGUGAAGGGAAAUUCAGUGUUUCAUGUAGCAGCAACCUCCAAUGAAGCAAUAAUCAAGCUUGUCACAAGGAAGUCAUCUCGGCUACUGAACACUCCCAAUGGAGCGGGUAAGACCCCUCUCCAUUUGGCCUGUGAGGGAGACAAACCUGAGUGUGUGAAGGCUCUGCUUUGUGCUGGUGCUGAUGUCAAUGUUGCUGCUACCCAUGACUCCACACUUCCCAUUCAUAGUGCCAUGGCAGCUAACAGCACUCUCUGUGCAAAAGAAAUCAUCAAUAUGUAUCCCAAUCAACUUAAUGUAACGGAUAUGAAGCAUGGUGGAACUCCACUGCACUGGGCCACUUCCAAAGAAAUUAUCAAUGCAAUGGUUGAGCUUGGCUGUAUUGUCAAUGCCCGUAAUUUUCAUGGCCACACUGCCCUCCAUAAGAUGGUUGAAAAAAACAAAUUACCAUGUGUCGUAGCACUGCUGAGUUGGGGUGCUGAAGUCAAUAUUCUAGAUGAUAAUGGGAACACACCACUCCAUCUUGCCACCUCUCCUGCUGUGUUGCAGGCUCUCCUUGUCUUUGGUGCAAACACGUCCCUUAUCAAUAAGGAAGGAUCAACAGCACGACACAUUAUUACAACUAGCAAUUAUAAGGAGAAGCACCUAAUGUUGUACCUGAUGCAUGCAGUGGGUGCCCCUCGCUGCCAGAUGAGACUUGCCAAUUGCACAGAUGGCUGUUCUCCUACCGGCUCUUUUGAUGGAGUACCAACAGAGUGUUCUGCUGUCUCACGUGCUAGGAUGACCUAUGAUAAUUUCUUAGAUUCUUCUCUUCUGGAGCGAGCUAUCUCAAGUGUGCAGUCACCUGUAGGGUUUGAAAAAGUGGGUGUCACACAGAAGAAAGGUCGAGUCUUGUGUUUAGAUGGAGGUGGUAUUAAGGGCCUGAUCCUCAUUCAGCUCCUCACUGCUCUGCAAGAGGCAGCAGGGAGGCCUAUCUUACACCUUUUUGACUGGAUUGCUGGCACUAGCACAGGGGGGAUCCUUGCCUUGGCAUUAGCAAUGGGUAAGGAUGUUCGCUAUAUGCAAGGUUUGUACUUCAGGCUAAAGGAUUCAGUGUUUUUGGGGAGACGACCAUAUGAUGAAAAGCCAUUGGAAGAUAUCUUGAAGAAGGAGUUUGGAGAGGAAACUGUAAUGUCUGACAUCAAACAAAUCAGAGUAGUUGUGACUGGUGUGCUGGCUGACAGAUCACCAGCAGACCUGCACCUUUUUCGAAAUUAUCUUAGUGGAGAAGAGAUGCUUGGAAACCAGUCAGGUGGCUCUUUUGCUUCCACCAAGACCCCACAGGAGCAGUUGGUGUGGAGAGCUGCCAGGGCCUCAGGAGCAGCCCCAUCCUACUUCAGAGCUUUUGGACGGUUUAUUGAUGGAGGACUCAUUUCCAACAACCCAACAUUGGAUAUGCUAACUGAAAUCUUUGAGUAUAAUACCACCUUGCUGGCCCUUGGCAGAGAAAGUGAGGCAGUACAGCCAACCACAGUUAUUUCACUCGGAACAGGCCGCCCACCAGUGACACGGGUUGAUGCUAUUGACUGCUUCAAGCCAGAGAGUAUGUGGAGCACAGUCCAGAUGGCCUUUGGACUUUCUAAUAUUGCCAAGAUGCUCAUUGAUCAGGCAACAAUGGCUGACAAUCGCACAGUAGACAGAGCACGUGCCUGGUGUGCAACCUGCGGCAUAGUGUAUCAGCGACUGUCUCCACAGCUUUCCCUUGAUGUGCAGCUAGAUGAGAAACAAGAUGAGAUCUUAAUCAAUGCAUUAUGGGAAACUAUGGUAUAUAUCCGUAGUAUGAAGGACCAAAUCAAUCGCUUGGCAAAUCUCCUAACUCUUGGCUGCCCUCAGAGUUAGUAAUAAAGGUGUUUCAGAAGUUGUAGUUUGCAGUAUCAGCUUCAUAUGGGCUAUUGUUCCCUAACUCCAUGGUUGGAGGAUUGCAUGGUGUGCUGGGAGAAAUUUAGUAGUACCUGUAUUUGGAUAAGAUUUCCAUUACUUAUUUAUAUGACCAGAUACUUGUGAGAUUUCCUUAAACUAGUCAGUUUUUAAUUGAUUUUAAGAAUGUUUUACUUAACUCUUGCUCUUUAUGUACACUUGAUAAAAUGUGUUUUUUAUGGAAAUUGGGCCAGUAAAAUAUUAUAUUCAUGCCAAAGCACAGGCUUAAGUUAUAAUAAGUUAAGUAAUAUAGAGCUAUUGUUGUUCAUUGUAUGCAGUUUGUUGUUAUUCUGAAUAUUUUUAUAUAUAUAUAUAUAUAUAUAUGGAUGAGCAUUAUUUGUGGAUGUUUAUUUUUAAGGGUUAGUUUUUAACAGAGCAGUUAUUGUGAAAUGAGUUGACAUUGAACUACUCUUAGGAGUUACUUGUUUAUAUGCUUUUGAAUUUAUUCCAGUAAAGAUUUUGUAUUUUACCAGUCAGAUAUUAUGCAUAGUUAAAGAGAAAAAGUCAUGUCUCUUUUUCCUACUUUUGUUGCCAACCCGUUGCCUGCGGCCCUGCUUUUAAUUACAUGUUCCGCCAGUGCAGCUUGGUUUGAGCUAAUUGUUUUUACUGUGGAAAUAGAAUCCUUGUUGUCCAAAACCAAAGAAAAAUGGGUUGAGUACCUGUUGUAUUUGUAAAGUUUUGUGCUGUCGGCAAGCCAUGCCCAAGGUUAUGCACUUAUACAAAGCAUGGGCAGCCCUCAGGGAUGACUCUGUCAAAAUUUGAGUGUUCAGUAACGCAUUGGGAAUAUUGUAAGAAUAUUUUAAUUUGCCGACAUAAAUUGUGUCGCCCGCA